CGACCGCACGGAACGCGCCGCGCACCCGCCGCCCGCCGGCACACUACCCCCGCUCUGAUAUUACGUCCGCGCCUGUCAACUCACUCAAACAAAUAACACAUCGGGUUUAUUAUUAAAAGUCCCGCUUGAUCAAAGUUUUAGCUAAAUUAAUUAAACACUGCGUUAGUAAAGUGACUUUGUUUACCGAUGUUUUGUGCGACUUUCCAGAACGGGAAAACUUUUUGAGGACUUGACGGUAAAACUGCGAUGUAUAUGUGUACCGUAAAAUAGCUGAUGAAAUAAAAUGUGCGCGAUUGUGCGAAACUGUCGACUCUAAAAUUGUGUUAAAAGUACUGUGAGAAUAAGAACAUAAAUAUCAGUGACUGUGGAACUCUAUAGAGCUGGAAACUAUAUAAAAAUAAGUGUUCUGUGUUAUGUGGUGCGUCGGUUCCGGGAUACCAGGUGUUAUGGAGGUGAUACCGUCGAGCGGUAGCCGCAUCCUUGUGGCUUUCUUCGCGACAGUCUUCUGGGGAAUGGGAGUCAGGGGUCUUCAUAAUCUGGAGAUCAACGUUCCUAACGCAGUGUUGGUCGGCGAGACAGUGACGUUGGAAUGCAGUUGGCAGCUGGAGGACGAGGAGGCGUUGUACAGUGUCAAGUGGUACAGAGGCCGGGAGGAGUUCUACAGAUACAUCCCUAAAGAACUACCGCACACUAGAGUGUUCCCUCUACCAGGAAUUGAAGUUGAUAUAUCACGGUCAGGCGCUCGUCGCGUGGUGCUACAGCAGGCGACGCCGGCGAUGGCGGGCCGGUUCCGCUGCGAGGUGUCAGCCGACGCUCCCACCUUCCACACAGAAAUACGAUCGGCACCUUUAGAAGUCGUCGAAGCACCAGAGUGGGGGCCAAAGCUGGUAUCAGACAGGUCGUGGUACGGCGUGGGAUCAACUCUGAGGGCAACCUGCGCAUCUCCACCAGCACUGCCACCGGCCAAUCUCACAUUUGCGCUGAAUGGACUAGAGAUUGAUAUGGAAUCAUUUAUGCACGAGCUGCCAUCCUGGUUCAAAUGGGAUCCACCCCCGAAGGCAGAAACUACAACCACUGAACAGCCUGACGAUGACAUGAGUUUCAAUAUUUUCCACGACGAGAGCAAUAUACAGUAUUUAGACGAGUCUUACAUAAAUCUACAUAAGGAGGAGAUUCGAAGACCGCCAAAGGAAAGUUUGAAGCCGACGUUUGAGAGGACGGGACCGGAUAACAGAGUGCCGUCUGUCGCGGAGGUGUCGUUCGUGGUCCGCAACGAGGCGUUCGAGCGCGGCAGUCUCCGGCUGACCUGCAUAGCGAGCAUAUACAACCUCUACGCGGCUCGAGCCGAACUAAUUUUCGAUAUGGAGCAACCAGAGGUUGCCUCCGUGCUAGGCGUCCGUAAUAGAGCAGUAGAUUCAACGUCUAGCAGUGUUUGGCGAAUAUCAACAACUCUAGUUCCACUGUUGUACAGUGUCCGGUAGUUUACUGAUACAUCUAAUUAAUUAAGUACAAACAUAUUAUAAGUACUCGCUGGUCGCGACCUUCAUUGUGUACAAAUUCAUUAAACGUAUCCAAUCCCAUGAAUUUAAAUUUUGUUGAAAAUCAUUAACUCUGUAAGUAGUUGUGAAUAUACAUAGUUCAGCGCAAGUGAAAAGAGCUCUGAGGCACUGUAACGUUAUAACUUGUAAAAUACAGUAAAAUUACAUGCCGCCAAUGACUUUGCAUUGUGACUCAGUUUCGCCCAUAAUUUGCUCCGCAGGUAGGUCCGGCAGCUCUUUUUACAUGAGUCGAUUUAUACGUGGAACAUCAAAUAUUGUUUUUAAAACAAUUUGAUAACAUUAUGUUUAGUCGUAGGUCAAACUGGCCAAACAUAGAUUUAAUAAAUGAAUUAAUUGGUUUUAAGGAAUUAGAUGAAAUAUACCUAUUGAUAAUACCUAAAUAAAGUGGUUGUUAAAGUACAACUAAGAGUUACUUUUAUAGUAUUUUUUUUAACAUUAUUAGAUAAAUGUCACUUCUUUGUAAUCAAGUUAGGGCAGCCAUCUGCAGCUAAAUAUGUCUAUAUUAAAAACUUUAUUUUGUCACAUUUGAAUCUAUUCUUAUAUAAUACAUAAUAUUAUUUAAACGUGAAACGUUGGUACUCGAAUUCAAGUCUAGCUGUAAAUAAUUAAACUAGGAAAUAAUUAAUUUAUUACGUAUACGUACGAUGUCUGUUUUAAGAAACUGGUGUCAACUGUAGAAAUCUUCCAUUCCUACGAAAUAUCGACUACAUAAAAGUAUUUCAUUUUAUUAUAAGUUGGGGCCACAUUUAAACCCUUGACAAAGACUGAUGCGUAACGAUUAAAGCGAGGAAGAAACAUGUGCUUCGGUUCACUGUACAUAAAAUUGAUUUAUAUUAAAAACUCUAUGGUGUUUAUUUUUAAAAUUUUAAUAAUUUUAUCAAAACCUUCUCAUAGAAGUGUAUUUAUCUUCUAAGAAUUUAAACUUCCGACGUGUCAAUGCGGCUAGUAAUUGUUAUUAAUUUGUAAAGAUAUAGUUAUAAUAUCAUAAAACUAUGUA